AUGACGCAAAGUGCUUUAGUUGGAUCUUGGUACAACAGUGGUUUCUAUGGCCACUACCGAGGCCAAUUCAAGUGUGAACUAGCUCAGGAUUACCGCCUGGCAGCCAAGCCCCAGCCUCCAGCAGUGUUCCUACAAAGAAUUAAGGAACCACCAGGACUACACUUAUUCUCCAAACAUGACAAUCGUGGUGUCUUUGAUCCAGGAAUAGGGAAACGGAAAGCUUGGGAGAAACUCAAGAAGAAAUGCAAUGUUUUCAACUGGCCUUCUGAUGAUGAAGCCCAGAGCCCCCUUGUUUCCAGUUACCAGAAAGACUACCAGAAGGAGUCAGGUGGUAUUCAGCCACUAGUCCGCUUUAUUCAGUCUGGACCCCCGCAGAGCUUGAACUUGAACAGAAUACCUAGUACCACCUACCAGCACACUUUCUGUCAUCAACUUAUAAACCAUUUGCCAGAAGAGAAGUUUAAAAAGGAGAUUUUUGAGAGCAAAGAAAAACUGGGCAUUUCCCAGGUUUCUGAGAGCAAGGAAAAACUGGGCAUUUCUCAGGCUUCUGAGAGCAAAGAAAAACCGGGCAUUUCUCAGGCUUCUGAGAGCAAGGAAAAACUCUGGAUUUCCCCUGCCUCAAGUGCGCUCUCUGACUCUCUGCCAGGCCUCCCUUUUACAGUGAAUCGUAAGAAAGUUGAUCCCUUCCUGCACUUCACUGUCUCUGACUGUUUACGUUGGCUCGACCCAUUAAAGAAAGCACAUUAGUCCUC